CCGUUUAACCCCCUAAAAGAAUACAGCGCUCGCGGCCGGAGGCAGUUAGAAUCCUCCAUUCGAGGUGAAGGGAGGGGGGUGUUUAAUAACCAACUCCCCCCCCCCCCCCCCCACACAGCAAAGAGGGUCCGAUCCUGAGCCCCUUUCCCCCUCACAGCCGAGUGUCUGCGUUCAGACGCCGGCACGGAGCAGCAGCUCGGCUCUCCUUCGCUAUCAACAGAUAAAGAAUUAUCUACAGAGGAAGACCACUCGCCUGGCUCAGCUUUACAAGUCAGACAGGGAGAAAAGAGUGCUCUGGUGCACGAGCGCUCUUUCGGUCGACCUCAGUUGAAGUGGACUUGGCAAGUUUAAGUGCACAGCCAUGUGAAUUUUACUACAAGUAGUAGUUCCGUUAUUAUUAACAUGGACUUUCUGAAACCAAAACAACUUUGACCUAAUACUUUUAGACAUUAGGAAGAAAGUGGAAAGGUUUAAAUUUUAAUCAUGACUACCUCACACAUGAAUGGACAUGUUACAGAGGGACCAGAAAGUGAGAUGAAGAACAUCGACCUUUCAUCUCAUGAUGAGCCACCAAGACACAGAGAAAUGGCAGUUGAUUGUCCUGAUGACUUGGGCUCACGAACCUUGCCUGUACGUCGAAGUGCUCAGUUGGAAAGAAUUCGCCAACAACAGGAUGAUAUGCGUCGUAGACGAGAAGAAGAGGGAAAGAAGCAGGAGUUUGAACUUAAUUCUUCCAUUCGUCUGAAAAAACUAGCCCAGGUUCAACCAAAAGUGGGCAUUGAUAACCCUACAUUUGAGGAUAUUUUAGAAGGACCCAGCAACACUGUUAAAGUUUUAGAAAUAGAUGAACUGCUGUCUUCUCUAAAACACAUACAACACAGCCUGGUUGACAGCCAGAGUCAGGAUGAUGUGGCUCUCAUUUUGCAACUGGUUCAGAACCAGGAUUUUCAAAAUGCGUUCAACAUUCACAAUACAGUAGCCAUUCACAUGCACAAGAUGAGUCCACCAUACCCUGUGAGCGCCAAUGCACAGGAUCUGUCCCAGGAGGUGCAGAAGAUUUUGACCAUUAGUCACCAAAAAGAUGGACAGGAACUCUGUGCUCUUCUGGCAUCACCACACUUUGAAGCACUACUUCAAGCCCAUGAUGGAGUAGCACAACAAGAAAUGCUACUGGAGCCAUCAAACGAUGAUCACGUCUAUGAAAGAGUAGCUGAGUACGGAGGAGAGACAGUGAAAAUUGUUCGGAUUGAGAAAGCACGUGAUAUCCCCCUUGGAGCUACGGUACGUAAUGACGUGGAAUCUGUCAUUAUCAGUCGUAUUGUGAAGGGUGGUGCUGCAGAGAAGAGUGGUGUAUUGCACGAAGGGGAUGAAGUCCUUGAAAUAAAUGGGAUUGAGAUUCGUGGGAAGGAUGUUAAUGAGGUGUUUGAUUUGCUGGCUGAUAUGCAUGGUACACUGACGUUUGUGCUGAUUCCCAGUCAGCAGACCAGGAAUCCUCCUACCAAAGAGAUGGUGGUACAUGUGAAAGCGCAUUUUGAUUACGACCCCUCAGAUGAUCCUUAUAUUCCCUGUCGCGAGCUGGGGUUGUCUUUCCAGAAAGGAGAUGUGCUUCAUGUCAUAAGUCAAGAAGACCCAAACUGGUGGCAAGCUUACAGAGAUGGUGAUGAAGACAAUCAGCCAUUAGCUGGACUUGUUCCAGGGAAAAGCUUCCAGCAACAAAGAGAAGCCAUGAAACAAACCAUUGAGGAAGACAAAGAGCCAGAGAAAUCAGGUAAACUUUGGUGUGCUAAGAAAAAUAAGAAGAAGCGGAAGAAGGUGCUAUACAAUGCAAAUCGAAAUGAUGACUAUGACAACGAUGAGAUCUUGACCUAUGAAGAAAUGUCACUAUAUCACCAACCUGCAAGCAGAAAAAGGCCAAUUGUUUUGAUUGGUCCCCCAAACUGUGGUCAGAAUGAACUGCGACAGAAACUGAUGGAAAGAGAGGUUGAUCGUUUUGCUCUAGCAGUACCUCAUACAACACGACCUAUGAGAGAUGAAGAAGUAAAUGGGCGAGAUUACCUUUUUGUGUCACGGCAGUUUUUUGAAGCAGACAUGGCAACUAACAAAUUCAUCGAACAUGGGGAAUAUGAAAAGAACCUUUAUGGCACCAGUAUUGAUUCAGUGCGACAAGUGAUCAACUCUGGAAAAAUAUGCCUGUUAAAUUUACAUACCCAGUCAUUGAGGAUUCUGCGCAAUUCAGAUUUAAAACCUUAUAUAAUCUUCAUUGCGCCACCUUCCCAGGAGAGAUUGCGGGCAAUGCUGGUCAAAGAGGGGAAAAAUCCAAAGCCUGAAGAUCUACGGGAUAUCAUAGAAAAGGCCAGGGAAAUGGAGCAAAACUAUGGACACUAUUUUGAUGCAGCAGUUGUUAAUACAGACUUGGAAAAAGCAUACCAAGAGUUAAUUCGCCUUAUAAACAAGCUUGACACAGAGCCUCAGUGGGUUCCAUCAACAUGGCUUCGGUGAGGAACAAAUCAUCAGUUUACAAGUCCUCUUUUCAACAGUUAGGCAGAAAGCAAUCAUUAAUGAAACACAGAAUAAUCGAAGAAUUAACAAGACAUUCCAUUUUAUGCCAGCAUUUGGUGAUCGAAAUACUCAUGUAAUUACUAUUCAGUAACUAUUUAUAAUGUAAAUAUAGAUACAAUUCUGGCACUAGCUUUCUUUGAAUCACCCUGUACAUAAGCCUAAGUCCAGGCUGUACGGAUGUGACCUUUUUAGGUAUUUUUAUAUUUUUUUUAGGUUUCUGCUUUAUGGACACCUCAUUUUGAGUCUUUCAUGAGGAUUAAGUACAUAGGGGGCAAAGUAUAUUUUUAUGAAAUAAAGUAGAAUACAUAAAUUCCAUCAGAUUUUUUUAUACUAUGAUAGACAUCAUUUCCUCAUUCCUCCUAAAUUGGAGUGAUUCAGAGGCUUAUUCAGUUUGAAACCGUGAUAGUUUUAAGAUUUUUGUGAGAACCUGAUUUAUGCAGACUAAUAAAUUGCAUCUUGUGAUCAGAAUUUUUUGAUCAAAGACUGGAAUGAAUUAUUGAAUGUAACUACUGUACAGUAAAGCAAUAAUUGGCACAGCAGGCACCCCAGACAGCUAAUUCUCAAAUGUGAAUGUUUUAAUUUAAUAAUACAUGAGUUUGUUGAAAUGUCUUCUCAUGCAAUUUGAUUAUUAAUGAUGUUUUGUGUUUUUUCUCUUCUGAGAAUAAAGUUUUUAAAACACUGGAAUUUUAUGACCAUUAUGGCUGAAGUUGGCUGAACAGUCUUAAAGUGAUGUAUUUUUUUUUACAUUUUUCUAAGACUGUGUUUUGUACAAAUAUUUUUUCCCAGUAUUAAACUAAUAGUGCAGCAGCACUGGAGGUAUGGUGUACUUUUUCACCUUUUGAUGCUCAUCUGCUUGUGCUAAAGCAAAGCAGCAUCUAUAAGUGGUUGAGGUGAAGGCUGCAGGCUGAGUGGGACAUCAUUGAAGGAAAAAAGUGUUGACAUGCCAACCUUUUUGGUUUCAAUCAACUUCUUGGCAGAGGCAUUUUGAGUUAUGCAUGUGCAAAUUUUAACUUAAGGAAUCUAUCAUUGAGGGGUACUAUCUAAGCUUGUAAUAUAUAUCUUCAUUCACUUGUAUAAACAACUUUUCAGAGUCUUGAUUGUAAAAUUGUAUUUGUAGCUUUUCAAUAAAACAAAUCACUCAUAA